GCCACACCAAACUCGCACGCGCAGCCUUCUCAACGUCACCAAACCGCAACGCUUGCGAUAAGUGCGACGAUAAAAUGGCUGAUUACGAUAGAAGACAGUCCGGCGGAUAUCAUAACCGCAAGAGAAGAUAUAGAGAUGACGAUGAUGGAUACGAUCGCCGAAACAACCACCAGCGAAGAAGAGUAGAUACAGCGCCAGCACCAGUGCGAUUGCGCCGCCAGCUCGUGAGCAUUGCCGAUUCGCCCUUGCGACGAUGGGCAGAAGAAGUACAAGGCGUGGCGAACCUCAUGGCCGACAACUAUGACGACGAGCAACUGCGAGACACGUUUGUCAACCUCUUAAUGCAGCUCCUGAUUGAGCAGCCGCUGAAGACGCCCUUUGUUGCGGCCGUUGUCCGAGUGUUGAACGCUCUGAAGCCGGAAAUGACACCCAUUGUUCUCCGGGCCGUCACUGGCGGUGUUGAGAAGAGCAUUGGCGCUGGAGAGUGGCGCGAUGUCAAAAACUACCUCAAAUUCCUGGCCUGUCUGCAGGGCAUGUUUGAAGGCGACGGACUGUUCCCUCUGCUUGACGAGCUCUUCAGCCGCGCUGCAGAUCUGCAGACUGCCUCCUCAGAAGACACAAUCGGUACUGAAAUCGUCAAAAUUAUCCUCCUCACGAUCCCAUACGCCAUGACGUCCUCGCCAACCGACCACAAGGAGAAAGCGGCCGAUUUGAUGGGCAAGACAGAAAUCAUCGCCUCCGAACCUCAUGCCCUACAAGAAAUGGUGGAGCCAUACAAUCCCGAGGCUGGAGAUGAGAUGGAAGCUUCCCCCAAUCUGUGCAUGCUGCUGCAGAAACAACUGCAGGCAGAAGCAGACAAUGACUGGAAGCUGUCUUUCUUACCUCGCCCGUGGGAGAUGCCACUUGACCAUGUUGAGCUUCAAGAUAAGAUCGCCAACUCUCAGAAGCAUGAACUGCCUGCCAUCAAGAUUCCCGACACUGUUGUCACCGGACCUCGUGCGCUGUUCCCCGAGGUGUACUUCUCCGUCUAUGCCGGCCAGGAGGUCGACUCGGUUCCCGGAACGCACACACUGGCGUCGUGCUUGAUUCGCGAUACUCUCACCGACACCAUCAACAUUCUCGACUUCAACCGAAACGUCACAGCCCGCUUCCUCAUGGAUAUUGACUCAUACUUUGCUGAUAACACGUUUGUCAAGCGUGCCACGCCCUUUGAUGAUCUUCGCAACAUUGAGGAAGGCCGCACGACUUGGAAGCCUGAGGAUGUCGCUGUCGACGCCGUCUUCUCCCAGCUCUUCCAGCUGCCCGCUUCAGAACGCAAGGUAGUCUACUACCACUCCGUGCUUACCGAAGCCUGCAAGCUCGCCCCCGCCGCUAUUGCGCCCAGUCUCGGCAGAGCCAUCCGAUACAUGUACCGCAACAGCCCGCGCCUAGACGUUGAGCUAUCAUAUCGCUUCAUUGACUGGUUCGCCCACCAUCUGAGCAACUUUGGCUUCACUUGGAAAUGGACAGAAUGGUCAGAGGACGCAAGCCUUCCCGACCUCCACCCUAACAAGUGGUUUAUCAAGGGUUCUCUCGACAAGGAGAUCCGUCUCAGCUUUGCGCAGCGCAUCCAGAAGACACUGCCUGAGCCGUACCAGCAUCUCAUUGGCCCUGAGAAGGAGCAGGACGAGCCUCCUUUCAAAUACAAGAACCCAGACACCCCGUUCUCGUCAGAAGGCCAAGAGCUCGCCAACCUCCUGCGCCGCAAGGCCACCGACGAAGACAUCCAGCCUGUUAUUGAUAGCAUCGAGUCCCAGGCCGCUGAGCGCGGUCUUGAUCCCACCGCCACCGCCAUGGAUGCCUUUGUCACAGCUAUCUGCUGGGUCGGCUCCAAGUCUCUCAGCCACGUGCUCGCAUGCAUCGACCGCUCCAAGACACGCCUGCUGGAUGCUAGCGUUGCUUCCGCUCCAGCUCGUGCCCAAAUCCUCUCUUCUGUCAUUGCCUACUGGCAUGCUCAUCCUGGCAUUGCUUUGUCUAUUCUGGAGAAGCUUCUCAACUACUCCAUCCUCACGCCGCUUUCUGUUGUGGACUGGACCAUUGGCGGCACCGUCUCUCCUAACGGGGUAGACGGCGGCGCUGCCCUUGGCGAGCCGCACAUUCUGGAAUUCGUGUUCCGCACAGUUUCCAAGGUGUCAUCCCGCGUGCGCCAGCUGCUGGCAAACCCCGAAGCUGGCGAUGUCGAUGCAGAAAUCACACAGAUGAGAGAGCUCUUCAGCACUAUUAGUGAGGCCCUUUCGGCCUGGGCCGACGGCUCCAAGGAGCAAAUCACCGUCAGCGAGGCAGAUGCGGCGCUCAUUCACCGCUGGGGUCAGCGCUGGCUGCGCAUGUUCCAGCGCCAUGCUACUAUUGAGGAGGCGUUUAUCACAGAGUCGCGUGCUAAGCAGGCAGAUGUAAGCAUGGAGGGCAACGGAGAGUCUGCAUAGGUGCACAGGGAAACAUGUAAUAAUAUAAAAAAAAAGAGAUCAAGAUUUGAGGGGAUAAUUGCUCUAUAUUUAAUAUCCCCAGGAGUUUAUUUGGCUAGGUUUUAACAGGACAAGUUACAUACGUAUGGAUAACAUCCUUCUCAUUUUGCACAUGUCGUGAUCUAAACCCUCUUCGCGUUACUCAAUUGCUAAUUGAGAUAGAUCUAUGGAUAACAAUGCAGGAUUAACUACAAUUAUGCGUGGAUGACAACUUGUCACUCUAUUCAUAUAACAUACAACGAAACAACAUGUCUUAAUACAUACUAUCAAAUAACCCAUCAUGGCGCUUGGUUUCCUACCAUUCCCGCUGUUUCUUUUAAACAUACAAAUACACAUACCAGCCUGAGACUGAUGCUAAACAACCAACUUCCGUUUGAUGGGUUGUGCUGAAUCCCCGUCCUGGUCACCCGUCGCUCCAUUUCGCUCGCCCAAUCUGCGAAUCUUUUCGAGUAGGUUACUGUGUCGAUGUUAGAUUAGAAAGCUUAUCGGAAACGGGCCGUGCUUGGCGCCAAAACUGAUUCACAAAACGACUAAAAUUGCCGCGCUCCACGUCGCUUGACGAUUGGAGCGAUAUCACUGGAUAGGCAAUGCCAGUGAGUGGACAGCUACUCAUAGACCAUAACUGUGGUCCUGGAGCUGAGAGUGAAGGUUGUGGCAGGGAGGGGGGCUGCAAUAGGGAGUCAUACUGAACUGGUAAGUAGCUACGGCUCUCAGCAAUAGCUAGAUCGACUCGAGCAUCUUCAUUUUCGUGUUUUCUCAAAUGCUGCUGGAUCUUUUCUUGGCUUUCCAAGUCGUCUUCGCCACGUAUAACGUCGUCGCAUCCAUCUUGUGCGCAGACCCAUGUAUUAUCAAGACCCUUCUUCUCCGUAGAAGGCAAUAAACUAGUCUCGAUGCUCAGGCUAGGGAUCUCUGUUGUAGGAGGGCAAGGGCUUCCGUCAGAGUCGUCUGAAGAUUCAACACCGGCCAUGGACUCAUCUUCGUCAGUAAUGAAUGUGGAACGGCGGCGGCUCACAUCCGUCAUCUCCUCAUCGGUGUCCACACUCGCAAGGGGACGCUUCCUAAUUGUUUUCACCGGGCGAAGUGUAGACGCGGGCCGUCGUCCAGGUGUUUUCGACCCAUGAUGUGAUCGAACUGGGGUCUGGACCGUUACGUCCUGAGGCUUGGUCGAUGGCUCAUCUUUGCGCUUUCUUGGUACCACAGUAAAGGGAACUGAUCUUAGAGCCAGCAGUUUGAACUUCUGUUUCGAGAGCUCUUUCAACUGAGGAUAUAUACCAGAAUACGCGUUUUUAUCGAGAGCAUCGAGUAAUCUCGACGCAUUGUAAUGAAGCACCUCUCGAGCUGGCUCUUUGUGCGAGCCAGGAUUUGGGCCUUUGUAUGUAGGAAGUGUGUAGCCAAAAUAGAAGGUAUUCAGUAGUUUUGGGAAUGAAGGCCCAUAGGCUGUAGCUUCAAGCUUCGCGUAUGAGUCCUUGACAGCUUGGAGGACACUCUGGAACGCAACAUCUUCCUCGGCAGGGGAUCCAACAGGAAGCAGAAUUCCGUCUGUGCCUGCCGAUUCAUUCGCGGAACUCUCUGACUCUGCAUCAUCUUUUUGUUUAGCAGCCCUUGAUUCCGAACGUCGUUGUCUGAUGGGAAAUUCUUUUCCGUCCGAUCCUUUACUAGUAGAGCCACGCAUGGCUGAUGAUCGUCUUGAGGUCUCACCCGAGGCUUCGGCAUGGGCUGAUAUUGCGUGUCUUGA